CUGGGGUUGAUCACGGGCGCGCGGCUGUCAUGUGAUCGGUCGGGGAAGGCUGCAGCCGAGGAGCGCGAGCGGCGUCUCUGGGCAACGCGCGGUGACGUCCUGUCGUGAGGAGCGGCCGCAGGCCAGUGAGGGCGAGGGAACAUAGUUAAGGAGGAAAGUAGCCAUGAUUCACUUGAGAAUUAUUGCUGCAAAAUGUAAACCACAGAUUAUCAAGAGGUUUACCCAGAACAAUGCAGCAGUAUUUCAGAGGAGGCUUUCCAGUGUACCUGGAACUUCAGAACCCUUCAUCAAUGGAAGUAAUUCAAAUUAUAUUGAGGAAAUGUAUUAUGCCUGGCUUGAAAAUCCAAAAAGUGUACAUAAGUCCUGGGAUGCAUUUUUCCAAAAUUCCGAUAUGAUUGCACCAGGAACAUUGUCAGAUAGCCCAUCCCCAACAGGAAGCCUUCAAUCUCUAGUUCACAGUCAAGGGAAAAUGCAAGCAUCCACAAAAGCUGAGAAACUGAUUGAAGAUCAUCUAGCUGUACAGUCAUUGAUUAGAGCAUAUCAGAUCCGUGGGCAUCAUGUGGCUCAGCUAGAUCCAUUGGGAAUCCUAGAUGCAGACCUGGACUCGUGUAUCCCAAUUGAUUUAAUCACUUCCUUGGAUAAACUUGGUUUUUAUGGACUGCAUGAAUCUGAUUUGGAUAAAGUUUUUCGACUGCCCACAACAACCUUUAUUGGGGGAAAUGAACAUGCAGUUUCAUUGCGUGAAAUCAUAAGAAGGUUAGAGGAGACCUACUGCAGGCAUAUUGGCUUGGAGUUCAUGUUUAUAAAUGACGUAGAACAGUGCCAGUGGAUUAGGCAGAGGUUUGAGACUCCAAAUAUCUUGCAGUUUACCAACAAAGAGAAAAGAAGGCUGUUGGCUCGUUUGAUCCGUUCAACAAGGUUUGAAGAAUUUCUUGCAAGAAAAUGGUCUUCUGAGAAGCGGUUUGGUGUGGAAGGAUGUGAGGUGUUAAUUCCAGCCUUAAAGACUAUCAUUGAUGUAUCUAGUUCCAUGGGAGUAGACAAUGUGAUCAUGGGAAUGCCACACAGAGGCCGGUUAAAUGUGUUGGCUAAUGUAAUCCGGAAGGAUUUGGAACAGAUUUUCUGCCAAUUUGACCCAAAAUUAGAAGCUUCAGAGGAGGGAUCAGGAGAUGUUAAGUACCACCUUGGUGUAUAUCAGGAAAGGAUAAAUCGGACAACAAAUAAACACAUAACUAUGUCACUUGUGGCAAAUCCUUCUCACUUGGAAGCAGUCAAUCCAGUGGUACAGGGUAAAACCAAAGCAGAGCAGUUUUAUCGUGGAGACACCACAGGCAAAAAGGUGAUGUCCAUCCUACUACAUGGUGAUGCUGCUUUUGCUGGCCAGGGCAUUGUGUACGAGACAUUUCAUCUUAGUGAUCUCCCAUCAUAUACCACACACGGUACAAUCCAUGUAGUUGUAAACAAUCAGAUUGGGUUUACCACAGAUCCUCGUGUGGCUCGCUCAUCUCCUUACCCUACUGACGUUGCACGUGUUGUGAAUGCGCCGAUCUUUCAUGUAAAUGCUGAUGACCCAGAAGCAGUGAUGUAUGUAUGCAAAGUGGCUGCAGAGUGGAGGAGCACAUACAAUAAGGAUGUCGUAAUCGAUCUGGUAUGCUAUCGUAGAAGGGGACACAAUGAAGUGGAUGAACCGAUGUUUACACAGCCUCUCAUGUACAAACAGAUCCAGCAGCAAGUGCCUGCUCUGAAGAAAUAUGCAGAUAAAUUGAUAUCAGAAGGAGUUCUGACACUACAGGAGUUUGAGGAGGAAGUAGCAAACUAUGACAGGAUUUGUGAGGAAGCUUAUACCAGAGCAAAAGAUGAGAAAAUUCUUCAAAUUAAAGAAUGGCUAGAUUCCCCUUGGCCAGGCUUCUUCACUUUGAAUGGAGAACCGAGAAGUAUGAUUUGUCCUCCAACGGGCCUUUCUGUGGACGUCCUGGAGCAUAUUGGGAAUAUAGCUAGUUCAGUACCAGUUGAAAAUUUUAUCAUUCAUAGAGGUUUGUCUCGCAUUUUGAAGGGACGAGCGGAGAUGAUCAAGGAUCAAGUGGUUGAUUGGGCCCUGGCAGAGUAUAUGGCAUUUGGUUCUUUACUGAAAGAAGGAAUACAUGUUAGGCUUAGUGGACAAGAUGUUGAACGCGGUACCUUCAGCCAUCGCCAUCAUGUAUUACAUGAUCAAGAAGUAGAUAAGAAGACUUGUGUGCCCAUGAACCAUUUGUGGCCAAACCAAGCUCCAUACACAGUUUGUAACAGUUCGCUUUCUGAAUUUGCUGUCUUGGGCUUUGAGCUUGGAUUUGCAAUGGCAAGUCCUAAUGCUUUGGUCUGUUGGGAGGCUCAAUUUGGUGAUUUUCACAACACUGCACAGUGCAUUCUGGAUCAGUUUGUGAGCUCCGGCCAAGCAAAGUGGGUCAGAAAUAAUGGAAUUGUGCUCCUACUACCCCACGGAAUGGAGGGGAUGGGUCCAGAACACUCUUCAGCCAGACCAGAACGAUUCUUGCAGAUGAGCAAUGAAAAUUCAGAUGUAUAUCCUGGUUAUACAGAAGACUUUGAAGUAAAGCAACUGUUUGAUUGCAAUUGGAUUGUAGUAAACUGCUCCACGCCAGCAAACUACUUUCACGUGCUCAGAAGGCAGAUCCUGUUACCAUUUAGGAAGCCGUUGAUCAUCCUCACGCCAAAAUCUUUGCUCAGACACCCAGAAGCCAAGUCACAUUUUGAUGAAAUGGUUACAGGUACAACAUUCCAACGAAUCAUUCCUGACACAGGACUUGCAGCACAGAAUCCAAACGAAGUGAAGAGACUGAUUUUCUGCACAGGCAAAGUUUAUUAUGAGCUUGCAAAAGAAAGGAUGAACAGAAAUAUGGAGAAUGAGGUGGCAAUCAUCAGACUGGAACAGUUGUCCCCAUUCCCAUUUGACCUGUUGAAAAACGAAAUUGGCAGAUAUCGUCAUGCUGAAAUUGUCUGGUGCCAAGAAGAGCACAAAAACAUGGGCUACUACGACUAUGUGAAGCCUCGAUUCAAAACACUGUCACAGUAUGAAAAAUCGGUUCGGUAUGUUGGGCGUGAACCUGCAGCUGCACCUGCCACAGGUAACAAGAAUACUCACCUUGGAGAGCUACAGCAAAUCAUGGAUGACUCUUUCAACCUCAAAGCAUCUGGGGAUAUGUUUUAGGUCAAAUGAAACCCUGUGGACAUAUAAUAGGUGUUAUUUCAGGAAAUUGCAGGCUGAAAAUAUAGGCUGAAAAAUAUACUGCUCAAGUAAUUACUUUUCAUUUGUAUUUUCUGUAUUGCUGUCAUUCAUAUAAAUGUGGACUUUUCAUUUAUUUUUUUGGUUUGCUAUUUGGGGACUUAAAACACUGCUUUAUGCAAAUUGAGGCCCGGGAAGAAUAUAAUCUUCAGUCAAUCUAUCUAUUAUAAUUUUUUAUUCUUGUCGGGUUUAAAAAAAGAUAAGACUCUGCUCCUGUAAUUUCAAAAGUUAACCUUUUGGACUGGAUUUAAUAACAUACCAUCUUAAUGUCAGCACUUUGCUUUCUUGAAAAAUGAUCUGCAAUUAUACAUGCAACAUUUCUACUUUGCCCAUAAGGAAAAGGGAUACUGUAUGGCACAUGACUGAUACUUAAAGAAUUUCAACAGGUUGAUAUCAGUGUAAUGAUGAGAUACUUUCCUAAUAUGGAGGUUGCAAAUAAUGAUUUUAAAAUGUAACAUCUUCCAUAUAUAAUGAACGGCUUGAUGUAAGUGCACCUUUUGUUGGAGGUAGUUGUAUCUUAGAUGGCACUGGCAAUCUGAAAAUCUAUCAUCAAUGGAAGCACAAUGAUUCUGGGAGGGGUAAGAGUUUAUUUAAAAAGUCAGGUAAAGGGGAUUGACAUCAAAUCAGCUUAAUGUGGAAUCAUUCAGUACAAUAUUUUUUUAAACCCAUUGCCCUCCCUCUUAGGAGAGAAAUAGGGACCAGUGAAACACCUUCAGUAGAAUAGGGAUAUUGAUAGAAAACUACUUAAUGUAAAUGUGAAUAACAAUUCAUUCUGUAAAUGAAAUUGACCUGAUGAAGUGCUAACAUCACAAGUGAAUGAAUAUUCUUCACCUUUGCUUGUGGAAGAAAUCCUACAUUCCAUGUUUCAUCAUUUAGCAUAGUAUUUAAUUUCCAAAUUAGAUGGAUAAAUGUCUUAGUCUCUUGCUCAAAAACAACAGAAAAUUGGGGAAGGUUUCGACUAGCUUUAUUGAAGAGGUGCUAAUUAUCCUUUGUUAAUGUACAAAAACAUUAGGUUUGUAUUUAAACUUAGUUGAAUCUCUUAUUUACUAAAUGAGGCAUGUUGCUAAUUUCUAAAUUUAAGAACAAAAUUGAAGUCAUAUUUUGAGAAUGCAGAUUUUGUACCUACAGAGGAAUACAGGGGCGACACGGUAGCGUAGCAGUUAGUGCAACGCUAUUACAGCACCAGCGAUCGGGGUUCAAUUCCCGUCGCUGUCUGUAAAGAGUUUGUACAUUCUCCCGUGUCUGUGUGGGUUUCCUCUGGGUGCUCUGGUUUCCUCCCACAUUCUAAAGACGUAUGGGUAGGUUAAUAUGGGUUUAAAAUGGGCGGUGCGGACUCAUUGGGCCAGAAGAGCCUGUUACCACACUAAAUAAAUUUUUUUUUAAAUUUUAAAAAUUUUAAGAAAAAUUCAAAAAUUAUCAGUUAAUUCUGUGUAAUUGGUUACCAUUGUAGCAGCAAAGUUAGGUAAAGGUUAAUUGGAUGGGGAGUGGCUGCAAAGCUUUAUUCUUGCUUGUCACAGCAUGGGGCUGUAGGUGUAAUCUCACAGUGCAUGUAAGGAUUGGAAUCUGAAUCCGGUAUGUUUCAAUUCCCAAUGUCACCCUCAACUAACAUUGAGUAACCCCGAACAGCAAAAUAAUUGUUUAAGCUGCUGCAAAGCUCUUACAGUAAUGAGGUGCUUCAUCUUAUGAGAAAGGUCCAAAAAAUAAAUCCUGCAGGAGAAGCUAUCCAAACUGUUAAUGGGUGUCCUCUUUUAGUGGGAUGGAGAUGAUUAAAUCCGGUUGACACUUUCUGAAAAUCAGCACUUAGCCAUGGCAUUUUACAUUGUGGUCUUGAAUGUAAUGCAAAAUAAAAAUGAUAUUAGAACAUCA